CCCUCCCUGAUACCGCGCCGCACGCCGCCCUCCUGACUCUCGGCCCGCGCCGCCCUCACCACGGCGGUCGCCCCAACGCCGCCGCCGCCGCCGACGGCAUGCCAUCGCUUCGGUCCCUCCGCGCUCCCGGUGUCCUCAUCCAGCACGCGUGCCUCCCUCCAUCCGGCGUCGAGGACGGCGCCUCCCUCCGGGUUUCUCCGGCCAUCCUCGUCGAUGCUUCCUCCCUCCGAACCCCCGGCGGCCUCCAACACCCGUGCCUCCCUCCGGCCGGCGCCGAGGACGGCGCCUCCCUCCGCGCUGCUGCCGGCACGCGCCUCCCUCCGCGCUGCUGCCGGCAUCCAGAAGCCGCCGGAGUACCGCCGCUUGAGCACCCGACGAUCGCCCGCCCCCUGUACCCAGCACCGUCACCUAUACCGCCGGGACACCAGGAGGGAAUGCCGGGUCUUGAGUACAAUCUAGUUAUUAGUAAGGUGUUUGAUGAUGAAGAACAAGGAUACCAGUUUUAUAACAACUACGCUAAGGGGAAAGGAUUUAGUGUUAGGAGAGACUACUGUGAGUGGGACAUUGGCCACAAUGAGAGGACUCUUCGGCAUUUUGUUUGUAGUUGUGAGGGUUUCCGCAAAGAGAAGGAGCUGAAGAGGGAGAAUAAGAAGCGGAAGCCGCGGAAUAUUACUCGUUUUGGAUGCCCUGCUAGACUUGUGAUUGCACGGGAUCAGAACACAGGGCAGUGGCAUGUGAAGGAUUUCAUCUGUGAACACAACCAUCCGAUGGUGGAACAAGAUCUUGCUUGUCUUCUGCGCUCGCAUAGAAGAAUCAGAGAUGAGUAGAAAGCUGAUAUUGUGGUGAUGCAGAUUUCUGGCAUCCGCAAACACCAGAUAAUGGAUAUCAUGGAAAUGCUGUAUGGUGGGUAUGAUAAGGUUGGAUUUACAAAAAGAGACUUGUAUAAUUUUGCCAUCGCAAUAAGGUGCAGACAGUUGCUGCUGGUGAUGCUCAAACGGUCAUCAGUUACUUGACAGAAUGCAGCUGUAGGGAUCCUGAUUUCUUCUUUGACUACAAGACUGAUGAGAAAGGGCACCUGAAAGGUCUCCUGUGGUGUGAUACUCAAAGCAGGCUUGAUUAUUCAGCAUUUGGUGAUGUCGUGGUAUUUGAUAGCACGUACAAAACGAAUCGGUACAACAUGCCCCUUGUUCCCUUUGUAGGGGUGAAUCAUCAUGGCAGCAUAGUUCUUUUUGCAUGUGGAGUUACCUCGUAGGAGACAAUAGAGUCAUACGUGUGGAUGCUUAGAACAUACUCUAUGGCCAUGGCUCAGAAGCAUCCGGUUUCGGUGAUCACAGAUGGAGACAUCGCAAUGCAGAGAGCAAUCGGGCUGGUGUGGCCGAAUUCAUCGCACAGGCUAUGCAUAUGGCAUAUUGAGCAGUGCAUUGUGCGUAAUCUUGGCAAUGAUGGUGUCAGGAAUGAGUUGAGGCAUUUCCUUUAUGAUUGUUGCUACAUAGAAGAGAUUGAGAGAAAAUGGCUGAAAUUCUUGAAGAAGCACAAUGUUACGGAUACUGAGUCGUGGUUGUAUCAGAUGUAUGAGAGGAGGCAGGUUUGGUGU